UUUAAACGUUGCUGUUACUGCAAUGAGUGUACGCGCGGCGUUGUGCUCACGGUGUGUAGCAUCAGCGCCUCCGCCAUGACUGUCAGAUGCCUAGCGUUUUCAUGUUUCUCCUCCUUCGUCAUUUAUAAGCGCAAUUUUUGGGGCCUAUUGCUAAACCCUUGAGCAUGACGCAAGUAUGUGACUUUGUCAGAGCGUCUGCCUGGCUACCGCUCAUUCGAGCCACCGCAAUCGGUUGGAUCCCAAUUUCCCAGACUUGUCUUCCCGAAGCUAUUGCUGCACGUGAUGGGCUAGCCCAAAAACGUAUUGCUGCGCUAGUUGAGCAGAAGGCAGUCAUAAAUGUUAGUGGACAUCGUUUUGAAGUACCCAAGAGCAGUCUUAACAGAUAUCCGCAUACAUUACUGGGGUCGGAUGAAAGAGACUACUUUUAUGAUGAAAAGAAUGGUGAAUACUAUUUCGAUCGUGAUCCAGAACUUUUUCGGCAUAUUCUAUCUUAUUAUCGCUGCGGUCAUCUACAUUACCCAAAGAAAGAAUGUGUUAUGCAAUACGAGGAUGAGCUUGCAUAUUUUCGCAUUGCACCGGAGGCUUUGGGUGAUUGCUGUUACGAGGAUUAUCACGAUAGUAAGCGGGAGAAUUCCGAAAGGCUGCUUGAGGAAAAGUCAGUAACCAAAGAAGCCAGCAAUAUUCCGAGAAAUUUUCGUGACCGCCUUUGGCAAGCUUUUGAAAACCCAGAGUUUUCUACCACCGCAACUGUUAUUUACUACGUGACUGGAUUUUUCAUUGCCGUUUCUGUUUUCGCUAACAUAACGGAAACAAUCCCUUGUGGUUAUGAACCUGGGAUAAGUAAACAAAGAGCGUGUGGUGAUCGCUACUUGGACGCUUUCUUUUGUUUGGACACCGCUUGCGUGAUAAUAUUUACCUUGGAGUAUUGCGCUCGGAUGUACGCAGCUCCAAAUCGCUGGAAAUUUUUUAUAACCGUCAUGAGUAUCAUCGAUGUGGUUGCCAUAUUACCGUUUUACAUUGGAUUGCUGAUGCCCGAUAACAAGAGCGUUUCUGGGGUCUUUACAACCCUACGCGUGUUUCGUGUGUUCCGAGUUUUCAAAUUCUCUCGGCACAGUGUCGGACUACGAAUUUUGGGUUACACCCUGAAAUCAUGCGCUUCGGAGCUCGGGUUUCUUCUAUUUAGCCUUACAAUGGUGAUCAUUAUCUUCGCAACCGUGAUGUAUUACGCGGAAAAAUCAGUUGAAGGCACCACGUUCUCCAGUAUCCCGUCCGCAUUUUGGUACACAAUAGUCACCAUGACCACGCUUGGUUAUGGUGAUAUGGUUCCCGAAACUAUAGUGGGAAAAAUUGUGGGUGGAAUGUGCUCCCUUUCCGGCGUUCUGGUUAUUGCGCUACCUGUUCCGGUCAUUGUGUCAAACUUUUCCCGUAUUUAUAACCAAAGUCAGCGAUCGGACAAACGCCAGGCCCAAAAGAGAGCACGCCAGGCCCGAAUCCGUCUUGCGCAGAUGAUGGCCUCAAUGAAUGCUAAUAGCGAUGAAUCGGAAGGGAGUACCGAUGAGAAUCCGGACGAUACCACAAGCUUUUCCACACGCAGCACUUCAUGGAAACCACAGCCUGAUUUUCCAGCUCAUGUGGCAGAAGGCGAGAAUAAAAAGAACGUACAUUUACGCAACAAGUUCACGGCGAACGUACAGCGAUCCAAUGUGUUUGAUAGUGAACAGGAGGAUGGUGCACCUCCGUCGACGCCAGCUGCGAUAAAACCCCCAGAUAUAGUAAUUGACAGCGAAACAGAAGUCAGUUUAUGGGACUUUCGACAGCCGUCAAUCAAAACAAAGCGUUCAGUGGUUGAUCCCGAUAUUCGAAUUUCUGCUGCGGAAACAUGUGAUUCGAGUGCUUCGGACGCCAGAUGCAACGUUGCUUCACAACUUGUGCAACACUCAACUGGUGUUGGAGAUCUGGGUUCCAACUUCCCAAGGGAUGACUUACCCAACCAAGUAAACUCUAUGGAUCAAUCUAAUCGGAACCAAAUUCGUACUCUUCCAAAAGAGCAUGAAUCGUUCAGACGCAUGUCAGCUUCUCCUACCGAACAGGUGAAAAGGAGGUUUACACUUACACAAAGUCAGAAACAUUGGAAAGCAGUACAGGAAUCAAUAAGCAAAAGACUACUUACCUACGAUGACGCGAUCGCAUUGCAGCAGCGACAUCUUUUGGACUGUCUCUAUAUCGUCACACAAAGAACACCAACUGUUCCCCUCUUUUCGGCCGAAAAGCGCCACACACACGAAACACACAUUUUGAAUUUGCAUCUACCCAAGCAUAAGCAUAUUGGACGGAGAAUUUUUCGUCUCCGUUCGUCUGAGUCCAGGCGUGCAAGUGCACCACAAUCUGCGAGACCAAACGAGUCAGAAAAACGGUUUUCUACUGGCGGUAACGUUGACCUACUACCAAAAUAUACAGAGCAACUUGGAAGCAUGUUUAACUGGCCUAAGUUACACCAGUCGCGUCAUUCAGGCGAAUUUCCUGUUUUAAAUCAAUCUGUUAUGGAUAAGAGUGUCCUCAGCGAGUCAUUAACGGAAGCCGGUGGGCACAUGGAACGUGCUGACCCAAUUCAACACGAGAAGAAUCCAUCAACCCCUUUACCUCUUGAAGAGAAACGGACAAAGGCGGCUUUUUGCGAGAAGCGAAAUCUGUUCGCUGAACUACCAGCUAGUGAGCUAGAGGCGCAUGGAUCAAGAGAGUCUUUGAACGCAAUGUUUGCGCCGAGUCCGACAUAUUUUUCCGGAAAGCAUUAUGUGUGUACUGAGCCGCCACAAAACAACCAGUGCCUACCCUCAAGUCCGAGCUGGCCUAGAAUAGGGUCAGCUGGUCACGAAACAAGAAAUUCGCGGCUUUCGAGAACGUCGGAUUUAAUUAAUUUGAACUAUGCUCGAGACUCAGACACUUGCGGUCAACCAAAGCGAACUAGAAGUGAUAUUUCAAGUGAAGCACAGCACAUAGGUGAGGAGACUGAUAUAGUCUUAACUGAUGUUAGUGGACCUGGAUUUUCGCAAUCCGAAAUGACUCAGUCGUAUCCAACUUUUUCACAACGGCGGUCCAUGGUGAACACACUUGUAAAUACUUCUAUCUCUUGCGAGAGAGUACAUCAUCCUGCUCUCUUUGGACCCCCUGAGGCGCCCAGCUGAUCCCAUCCGCCGAGCUGCCGGAGCUUCAUCCAUUUAUUUUCCUAACUCAGGCCAAGAUUUGCAGAGGUGAUGUUUACAUGUGGAAUACAGCUCAUACUAUGCUGGGAGAGGCAGUAUUCAGCCAAGAUCUCCACGUACUGACCUCAGCUUGUAUCUCCGAACCACUAAACAAACCUGUGAAUAUGAGGGAAGCCUAUCUCACCUCUAACU